AAAUCAAGUCAAAAGAAACCGCCAAUGCAUAACACAAAACCAAAACCCAAUCAAAUGGGUUUAUCGGAUAUUCUUAGCUUGUAAGAAGAAUAAAUACAACAAAAAACAUGUUUGGAACACACAACGAUUACAAAAAGUGGACGAAUUCUCGAUUCGACGAUGAGACAGUCACCACGUCUGGCACCAAGACGUACGUGCGCGGCCCCGGGGACAGCCGCGCCCGGGACCCGGAGGAGGUGCCCUUCCAGAGGGUCUCCGUCGCGGGGAUCCACGCCACCGGGGUACCUUUCGAUGAGCUGGUGCAGUCUUCAGCCCUGCUGGCGGAGGCGCUGAAGAUGCGUCAGAAAUACAUGGAGGCCUCCAUGCAGUCGUUCCCGGUGUCUCUGGCCAAUUACUUGAAGAACCAUGAAGAACGGCCAAUGGUACCUAGAACGAUCAAGUCGGAGAUGCUUCCAACAGCCGAAUUUGGCGGACAGUAUAAGGCACCUAUUGAUAGCAAAGAUUUGGCUGGAAGAUAUCUACAGUUGGAUGGGAAUAGAUCAUCGGAAGAGGAUAUGGCCGCUUUCUAUGACCCAAGUUUCCUCAAUGUUUCUGAGAAAAAUCCAUACAAAUCCCAGCAGACGGUGCGGAAUUCCAUAGAGUCCCAAGAAGGGGAGACGCUUGCUGCAGUAUACUCGGACCCCUGGGCGCACCCGACGCCUCCGGACCACCACUACCUGUUCGCGUGGCGGCGCGGCGUGGUGCGCGUGUUCCGGACCAGGGCUGCCCUGGAGGCCGGCGACCCCAUGUACCAGGGGCCCAGCUACAGCACCUACGUGCAGGACCUCACCAGGCUGCUGGACAUGAUCUGCGAUGGGCCGCUCAAGUCCUACUCGUUCCGGCGGCUCAGCUACCUGUCGUCCAAGUUCCGGCUGCACGUGCUGCUCAACGAGCUGCACGAGCUCGCGCUGCAGAAGGCAGUUCCUCACCGGGACUUCUACAAUGUCAAGAAAGUGGACACGCACAUCCACGCGGCGUCUUGCAUGAACCAGAAGCACCUGCUCCGCUUCAUCAAGCGGACCCUGCGCCAGCGCCCCGACGAGGUGGUGGCCAUAGACAAGGGCAUGCCGAUGACUCUGAAGGCCGUCUUCGAAGAAAUGAAACUCGACGCGUACGACCUGAAUGUGGAUAUCUUGGAUGUGCAUGCGGACCGCAACACAUUCCACCGCUUCGACAAGUUCAAUGCAAAAUACAAUCCGGUAGGAGAAAGCAGAUUAAGGGAAGUGUUUCUUAAAACGGACAAUCUCAUGAAUGGCAAAUAUUUUGCCGAUAUAAUAAAGGAGGUGAUAGCAGAUCUCGAAGAGAACAAGUAUACUUUCGUCGAGCCUCGCCUGUCGAUCUACUGCAAGAGCAAGAAUGAAUGGGCGAAACUGGCCAGCUGGGCCGUGAAGAACGAUGUGCAUUCCAACCACGUCCGCUGGCUCAUCCAGGUCCCUAGACUGUAUGAUAUUUAUCGCAUCAAAAACAUAUUGAAAAACUUCCAAGAGUUUCUGAGUAAUUUGUUUGAUCCGCUUUUCCAAGUGUCUAUUGAUCCCAGCUCGAAUACAGAGCUGCACAAAUUCUUGACGCAUGUGAUCGGCUUUGACAGCGUAGACGAUGAGUCCAAACCUGAAAAUUCUAACUUGAACGAUCACAUGAAGACUCCAGAGGAAUGGAACCAUGAGGAAAAUCCGCCGUAUGGCUACUAUUUGUACUAUAUGUACGCAAACAUGGUAAUUCUAAACCAGCUGAGAAAGGAACAAGGUUUGAACACAUUUGUGUUGAGACCACAUUGUGGUGAAGCAGGACCACCAGCACACCUUAGUGUUGCAUUCCUAUUGGCCGAGAAUAUAUCGCAUGGUCUAACUCUAAAAAAGGCGCCGGUCCUACAGUACCUCUAUUACCUGGCACAGAUCCACAUAGCGAUGUCGCCUCUGAGCAAUAACUCUCUGUUCCUGCGCUACCACAGGAAUCCUCUCCCUGAGUUCUUCGCUAGAGGGUUGCCGGUCACGUUGAGCACUGAUGACCCACUGCAGUUCCAUUACACCAAAGAACCCUUAAUGGAAGAGUACAGUAUUGCUGCGCAAGCGUGGAAGCUGAGUUCAUGUGACAUGUGUGAGCUGGCCCGCAAUUCUGUGAUCAUGUCUGGCUUCCCACAUGAGAUGAAGCAGUACUGGCUGGGAGUGGACUACCGGGUCGAGGGUCCGGCCGGGAACGACAUCACAUUCACCAACGUGCCUGACGUCCGCAUCUCCUUCCGAUACGAGACACUCAUCGAUGAACUCCAGAAUAUAUUCCGGGGAGAUGCUCGCGUUGCGGAACAUCAGAAAUCUUUGAGGGUAUCUCCGUCCAGGACUCAGUCCACGGCGAGACACGACGACUCCAGCACGAUGGUGAAACUGGAAACGAACCUGUCUGCUGCAGAAGUAUUUCCUGGGCAAUCGUCUACCUUUUAAAAUAUCAACACAAAUAUAUUGAAGCACUUUCACCAGGUAUUGAAUCAAUUUUGUACUAUGAUCAACACAAAUUAUGUUAUAAAAUAAAUAAAGUAAAAUAUUACAUU